GGGGCACACAUCUAACGUUAGCAGCCCCUCCACUGCUUGACACCUUGACAAAGUCCUGACAAAUACACGCUGGCCGACACUACUGAUUCCAUUCGCCAAUCACAGCCCCCGGAUUCUACGAAGCGUCAUCGGCAUGGAUCAAGCUUGGCGCGUUGUGGGGUAGCUAGUGCCCAGGUGUUCCUCGAUAUGGAAUCCCGUUGCCGAAGCAUGCUACCGCGUCCCUUGGAGCGGAGUAGCGACAUGACGUCUGGGAUGUAUAUCACGAGCCCGACCUGGGUCUUCGUUCUUGAGAUAAUUUCUGAUACACCGACUAUCAUCUUUGCCUUGUCGCUCUUGUCGAUAGUUGCUACGCUCUGGGCGUUCGGAACAUAACGUCUCUCAGUUGGCAGACCUAGCAAAAUGACGGCUACCGAGUCUCCCGAGUCGAAGUGCGAUGUCCUCAUCAUCGGUGCCGGGCCUGCUGGCAUGAUGAUGGCAGCAUGGAUGGCUCGCAUGGGAAUCAACGCGCGCAUCGUUGACAAACGCAGCACCAAGAUCUUCGCAGGACAAGCGGAUGGCCUGCAACUCCGCAGCCUGGAAAUCUUCGACAGCUUUGGUUUCGCGGAUCGAGCAUGGAAAGAAGCGAACCACAUGAUCGAGAUGUGCAUGUGGAAUCCUGGUGAAGACGGAGUGUUGCGGAGGAGUGACCGUGUUCCUGAUGUGCCAGCUGGGUUGUCGCGAUUCACGCAGAUUGUCCUGCACCAGGGCCGCAUCGAGCGCUUCUUCCUCGAUCACAUCAAGAAGCAUUCAAAGGAUACCCUGCAUGUUGAACGAGCUGUGCUUCCGGAGUCCCUGGAAAUCGAUGACGAGAGGUGCGACGAUCACUCUACGGACAACUACCCCAUAAAGGUGCAGUUGCGACACCUCACCAAUGAGGAGGCUGCACCCGCCCAAGCCAAUGGUCAAACCGUGAGCGAUGGUCUGUUUAGGAGCAAUCUAGUAGACGACGAUACGGAUGACUUGAUCAGGAAGGGCAGGGAGAACAAGGGAGGUACCGAGACUGUGCGGGCGAAGUACAUGGUAGGAUGCGAUGGAGCGCAUAGCUGGACCAGACGACAGUUGGGCUUUCAGCUUGAGGGGGAACCGACCGACUUCAUCUGGGGCGUCCUGGACAUCGUACCUAUCACAGACUUUCCGGAUAUUCGCAACCGCUGUGCUGUACACAGUGCGUCGUCUGGGUCGUUGAUGGUCAUUCCUCGCGAGGAGAAGCUGGUCCGGCUGUACAUCCAGCUUACUGAGAUCAAGCCAGAUGCGUCAGGUCGAGCUGAUCGAUCGAAGAUUACGCCUGAAACAAUCAUCCAAGCUGCGCAGAAGAUCAUCGCCCCUUACUCACUCACGUAUGAGUAUUGCGACUGGUUCACUGCUUACCAGAUUGGGCAGAGGGUUGGAACAAACUUUGACCACAAAGGUCGUGUUUUUCUGACUGGUGAUGCGGUACACACACAUUCACCAAAAGCUGGCCAAGGAAUGAACGUCAGCAUGCAAGAUUCCUUCAACCUCGGGUGGAAGCUGGGCCUGGUCGUCAAAGGCAUCGCGCAGCCCUCGAUUUUGCGAACCUACCAGUCAGAGCGACGCAGAAUCGCACAGGAUCUCAUCAACUUCGACCACAAGUUCUCGCGACUGUUCUCGGGUCGCCCGGCGAAAGACGUCAUGGACGAAGAGGGUGUGAGCAUGGAAGACUUCAAACAGGCCUUCCUCAACGGCAACAUGUUUGCAUCUGGCCUGUCUGUCGACUAUGGCACAAGCAUGCUAGUCGCGAAGUCAGGGAGCUCGGCCGAUCAGGGCGACGGAACAGACGUCUCGUCAACGCAUCAUCAGAAAGUUGUGGGUAGACAGGAACUCGCAACCAACAUUAAGCUCGGCAUGCGCUUCCCCAGCUACAAGGUGCUGAACCAGUCUGACGCACGGCCGUGGGAGUUCCAGGAGAAGCUGCGGAGCGAUGGACGGUUCCGCAUCAUCGUCUUUGCAGGCAACGUGGUGAGCGCGCAGCAGCAGGCGCGUCUGAAGGUCUUCUGCCAGCACUUGACCUCGUCUGGAUUCCUUGCACCUCACCUUCACAAGAAUGUCGCGCUUCUGACGUGCCACGCGGCGAAGCGCACAGAGGUCGAGCUUCUGCGCGACUUCCCAGACGUGCUGCAUCCGUUCGAUAGCAAGAUGGGCUGGGACUACGACUCGGUGUAUGUGGAUGACGUCAGCUACCACGAGGGCUUUGGCGACGCCUACAAGAACUAUGGCGUAGACAAGGAGAGCGGGUGCGUGGUGGUGACACGGCCGGACCAGGGUACUUCAAGGGCGUGCUUGUAUCGUAGACGACGACGUCGGCGCACUGUGUGGCUGGCAGUGCGUGCCUUGCGAACGACGCAAGCGCCUGUACGCAGUACCUGCAGCAUAGCAACGCAAGAGCCCAAUGACCACGGGAGCCCGAUGUUUCAGACGUGCACGCCAGCAGCAGCACGGCAGCGCCCCAGUCGCACGGCAGCUAGUGGAUCUGCUGUGGAGAGCCUCGCCGGGCUGAGUUGUCGCGCGACGGCAGUCCCACCCAUUUCGAGGUCCUCCAUACGCGAUUUUCUUCCGCAGCUCACGGUUACCCAGCGCACUGCAGCCGACAGUCAUUGCAGCUGUGUUGUCGCGCAUAUUGUCUUUUCUGCCGCACACGUCGCGGCGCGCGUCGCCAGCAUGGACCGGCCGCGUACACCGAACGGCGGGCGCUAUGGACGGCCGCCCGCAUAUGACGAGGAUGACCUCUUACCGGCGACGCAAGGGAGCUCAACAAUGCGCUUGUUGACAAAUGCGGAGGACAGCUACCAAAGCCGCUCGCUCGCCGACGCUUCAGAUCUCAUGUCCGGUGUCGACAGCACCGCCGGCGCGCUGGGCCAGCGCAUGACGCCGUCCGAGGCAGGCCGCACGCGCGGCGCCGAGGCCGACAUUGUCGACUUCCUGCGCGAGGCCGGCCAUGCGCUGGACGCGACGACGCCCGCGCCGCAGCCCAUGCCGCGCCGCAAGUCGCUGAAGACGCGCCUGAGCGACUCCCUCUACACGCAGAAGCCGAGGCUCGUCCCGCAUGACCAUGGCUUACCAUUGCAUCCGCUCCGCAGACCCCCCGAGCCCUCCGCACGCGCAUACUACCCGUCCGCCUCGAGCGUGUCCAGCCUGUCGCGCGCACAGUCGCUGCUGGACUCGGCCCCCAACAUGCCGCCGCCGCGCGAUGUCUCGCCGCCGUACCAGCCAUACCGCCGCCCGCUGUCGCCCGACCGCCCGUACUCGCCCACGCGCACCUCGUUCGACUACGCCCGCCCGCCCGCCGCCGCCCACUACGAGCCCGAGACCAUCGACGGCAGCCCGCGCCCCGGGAGCCCGACCCGCCCCGGCAGCCCGCGCCGCCCGCUGCCGCCCCAGCCGCUGUUCGCCCACGGUGCGCGCCCCGGCACGCGCGACGCCGACAUGGGCGGCGACAUGGGCGACAUGACGGCCAUCCCCAUCGACCGCGACCCGUUCGGCGACGAGCAGACGUACGACCGCCGCCCCGACUUCGACGCCCGCGGCUCCUACAUGUCCGACGACACCUACACCGACGGCUACACCAACAUCGACGACAAGGACGAGCACUACGGGCCCGCCCCCACGGGCGCCAUGCCGCGACGAGGCGUCCGCGACGCCGUCAUGACCAAGAAGGAGGUGCGCCUGAUCAACGGCGAGCUGAUCCUCGAGUGCAAGAUCCCCACCAUCCUGUACAGCUUCCUCCCGCGGCGAGACGACGUCGAGUUCACCCACAUGCGCUACACCGCCGUCACCUGCGACCCAGACGACUUCGUCGACCGCGGGUACAAGCUCCGCCAGAACAUUGGCAGCCAGCGCGAGACCGAGCUGUUCAUCUGCAUCACCAUGUACAACGAGAACGAAAUCGACUUCACGCGCACCAUGCACGGCGUCAUGCAAAACAUCAGCCACUUCUGCUCGCGCAUGAAGUCGAGAACCUGGGGAAAAGACGGGUGGCAGAAGAUUGUCGUGUGCAUCAUCUCCGACGGCCGCAGCAAAGUGCACCCGCGCACGCUGGAUGCCAUUGCGGCCAUGGGCUGCUUCCAGGAGGGCAUUGCGAAGAACCACGUCAACCAGCGCGAAGUCACUGCCCACGUCUACGAGUACACGACACAGGUCUCGCUGGACGCCGAUCUCAAGUUCAAAGGCGCCGAGAAGGGCAUUGUGCCGUGCCAGAUGAUCUUUUGUCUGAAGGAAGCCAACACGAAGAAGCUGAACUCGCACCGCUGGUUCUUCAACGCUUUUGGCCGAGCUCUGAACCCGAAUAUUUGCAUUCUCCUCGACGUCGGAACGAAGCCUGGACCAAAAGCUCUCUACCAUCUCUGGAAAGCGUUCGACACCGACUCGUCAGUCGCCGGCGCUGCUGGUGAGAUCAAGGCCGGCAAGGGCAAGGCCUGGCUUGGGCUCCUUAAUCCACUGGUGGCCUCGCAGAACUUUGAAUACAAAAUGUCUAACAUCCUCGACAAGCCGCUGGAGUCGGUCUUUGGCUACAUCACUGUGCUGCCUGGUGCACUGUCGGCGUACCGCUACCACGCCCUGCAAAACGACCACACCGGGCACGGCCCGCUCAGUCAGUACUUCAAGGGAGAGACGUUGCACGGCCAAGACGCAGAUGUCUUUACCGCGAACAUGUACCUUGCUGAGGACCGUAUUCUAUGUUGGGAGCUGGUGGCGAAGCGAAGUGAACAGUGGGUCUUGAAAUAUGUCAAGGCUGCGACUGGCGAGACUGACGUGCCGGACACUGUACCCGAGUUCAUAUCCCAGCGUCGACGUUGGCUCAACGGUGCUUUCUUUGCGGCUGUCUACUCCCUGCUCCACUUUAAGCAAGUCUGGUCGACGGACCACACCGUCUGGCGUAAGAUCCUCCUACAUAUCGAAUUCGUCUAUCAGUUCGUGCAGUUGAUGUUCACAUUCUUCUCGCUCGCCAACUUCUAUCUCACCUUCUACUUCGUCGCUGGUUCGCUUGCCGACCCGGAGAUGGAUCCAUUCGGUCACAGCAUCGGCAAAGUCAUAUUCUACAUCCUUCGCUACACCUGCACGCUACUCAUCUGCAUGCAAUUCAUCUUGUCCAUGGGCAACCGUCCUCAGGGUGCGAAAAAGAUGUUCCUUUGGAGCAUGAUCGGCUACGGCGUCAUCAUGGCGUACACAACGUUCGCCUCAAUCUACAUUGUCGUGUACCAGCUCAAACAUAGCGACGCCCCAAAGACGAUUGGAAACAACACAUUCACCAAUCUCAUCGUCUCCACCGCAACAACGAUCGGUCUCUACUUCCUCAUGUCCUUCAUGUACCUCGACCCCUGGCACAUGUUCACCUCAUCUGCGCAAUACUUCGCCCUGCUUCCAAGUUACAUCGCGACGCUGCAAGUAUAUGCCUUCUGCAACACGCACGACAUCACGUGGGGAACCAAGGGCGACAAUGUGGCCAAAACUGAUCUGGGUGAUGCCAAAGGAAAAGCAGGCAACGUCGUCGAGCUCGAGAUGCCAUCCGAGCAGCUUGACAUUGAUUCAGGCUACGAUGAAGCCCUGCGAAACCUACGCGACCGCGUCGAAGUCCCCGAGAAACCCAUGAGCGAAAGCCAGCAACAGGAAGACUACUACCGCGCAGUGCGAACCUACAUGGUUGUCAUCUGGCUCAUCAGCAACGCCGUUCUAGCCAUGUCCAUCUCCGAGGCCUACGGCAACAGGAAAGUCACUAACAACUUCUACUUGACCUUCAUCCUGUGGUCCGUUGCGGCGCUCGCUCUCUUCCGCGCCGUCGGCUCUACCAGCUUCCUCGUCAUCAACUCCAUCCACGCCGCCAUGGACACGAAGCUCAAGUGGGAAGAUAAGAUCGAGGACAAGAAGGGUGGCAGCACCGCGCUCGGCGGCGGGAUUAAGAGUCAGCGCAAGGGCAAAUGGUGGAAGUUUGGCUUCGGCGGGAGCUACGGCGGCUCCGUGGUGUCGAGCGCAUGGUUCAGCAAGUCGAGUAUCUCGAGCAAGCUGUCGAGCAUCAGUCCGAGCAACUGGGGUGGUAGCAGUGUUGGGAGAUAAGACGAGGUUGCGGGCGGAAGCAAGUCUUAGGGGACAUGUGGUUCCUUACUAACGAGAAGACGAGGCGGGAUGUGUCUACGAGGAAGAGGAAAUAUUAUGAAGUCAUGAAACGUCAGUAAUGCAGUCCUUUGGCGUUUGGAAAGCGGGGGGUUCGUUAGAUAUUAGUUAGAUACCUUACCUUUGCGCGCUGCGCAGGUCCUGCUACGGCAGCGGCAUUGAAGAUACGAACAGUGUUUGUAUGAUGGGGAUGUAUGUAGAUGACGCAAUACGCAGUCAUACAACCGG